AUGAGCCUGCUUUUCCAAUCAUCUGAGACUCAGCAUGAGCAGAAACAGACAGCUUGGUAUACAGAAUACCUCUUGGUCAUGGCCAUGGCCAAGCUGAUGGAUGUUGAGCAACAUACAUCCCAGCCUCCAGGGUCAGAGUUAUUUACGGAGGCCCUUGGGCGACUUCCGCCAUUACAUCUAUUAAAUGAUGGCGGAGUGUUAAUGGUUGAGAUUCUUACACUGAUUGCCACUUAUCUUCAAUGGUGUGAUCAGAAAAUCGAUGCCUAUAUGCAUAUUGGGAUUGCUCUUCGGCUGUCUAUUGCUUUGGGUUGCAAUCUACCCGAGAACGAACAGACAUGCCUUUCUUCUCAAGGUACACACAGACUCAGACUUUGGUGGACAGUCUAUAUGCUUGACCGACGUUUAUCAUCUAGCCUGGGCCUUGCUGCCGGUGCCGACGAACGGCAGCUGCGAGUUGGGCUUCCGCGACAUGCCAUAGGGUUUCAAUCCCCAGUUGCUCUCACGAUAAAUAUCCGAAUUGCGCGAGUCACCGACAAUAUCAUGUCAUGUAGGUUGUCUGAUCAGCACAAAUGCCAGUUUCUUUUUUUCUCUAAAGUUGUUUUGCUUAUUGUGAUAUCAGCUCUAUAUGGAAAUGCCGCUGUCGCACAAGUGGAACUCGUUUGCAAGGUCCAAGCCAUCCUGCAAGAGCUAUAUGAUAUUGGUCAAGCUUUUCCACGGUCUCUUUCUCUAGACUUUUCCCAACCAUUACAAACGGUGACACGUACAGGGGCUUCCCUGUAUUUAAUGCUCUUCCAGGCCAUCAUACUAUGCACACGGCCUAUGUUGCUCCGAAGAGUACGGUUAGAAGUCCGGCGCCAAGAUGAAUCGCACCCGCCAGAACCUGACACACUGACAAGAUUCUGUGACACGUGCAUUGAGGCAGCAACCCGAAGCCUCGCAAUACUGUAUAUUCUUCGUCUACAACGAGCUAUUCAUAUGGGUUUUCGACCUUGA